AUGGCCGUCGUCUUUGACACCCUUUCGAAUGAGCUGUUACUUGGGAUCGUCGUCAGGAUUUCUUUCGGCAAAGGAGAUUUCAGAACUCUCUCUCUGGUAAAUCGGCGUCUGCGGGAUUUUAUCAAGACUCAUCGAAACACCAUCAUCCAACGAGUAGCAUCAAUUCAAUUCCCUGUGGCAGCUAGAGCCGCUUCAUUGCAUCCGCUUGCAUGCGUCCCCACCCUCGAAUGGCUAGAGCAUCUCUCAGAUGAUACUAGGGACGUCAACGACUUUAUGGAAAAAUUUCGAGGCUUUUUGGACUCUAGCAUGGUCGAGAAGCAGUCCUCACCGACGCUAUUCAUUAGCGUACGAUGGUUGGAAACUGGUCUGCACCUCUUUCGCGGGCUUAGGGUGGAGUAUUGGAGAUCACUCCUGGGAACUGGUCGCACUAAUUAUGAAGGUCUGAUCGAACUUAGCCUCAGCGCUCUUUCUCCCGUCGAUAGCCUCGCCAUGCGCCAUGUGUCCAAAACUAUUCUAAGCAUCAUCAACUUCAUUCUCGAAGGCAAAAUAAUGAUUUCCUAUUUCCCCGUGUACCUAGCCCAGUCCAGCAGUCGCAAAGAAUUAACGAAACGAGCGCUGAUCGGAGCCGUCGAGCAGGAAUUAAGUGGCAGCCAGAGCAACUUCCUACAACCUUAA